AUGUAUAAAUAAAAUCCCAAUGAAAAGGAACCGUAUUCAUUGUUUUCACCAUCUGUCAAUCUAAAUAAAUAGUCGGAUAACACCUAAUCCACUCUUUUUAAUAGGGAUUAAUAAUCCGUCCAAUAGAUGAGAGAAUAAAUCAGGCAACUCAAGAUGCAACUCAGUAAAACUAACCUGGAAAAGGAAACUGCUAUCCAAGAGAAUAACAAGCAAACGAGAGAACUAGAAAGAGUUCAAAUCUAUGUCACUUAACUCGAGGCACGUAUUAAAAUGCUUGAGGAGUCGUUAAUAGCCUAAUAAACAGAAGCUGAAAGAAAACUAACGUUGUAGAAAUAACAUUUCGAGUAUUUGAAGUAAUCAACUAUCGAACGAUAAUCGACAGGAAUGUAGAGAGAUUUCAAUUUAGAGAAAAAUGAUUUAGAGAUACAAAUAAAACUACUCAAACAAAGGAUUGUAGAAUUAGAAGAACAAUUGCAGAAGGUUACUUCGAUUGAUCACAUGUCUGGUUAUGAGGAUUUAUAGAGGUAGAUAGAUUCACUUACUUUGCAAUUGAUGAGUCAAAAGGGAUAGGAAAGACAAUUUUUUGAGAAGAUGUAGGAAAUGUAAAAACAAUUACAAAUAACCACUUCAAAAUAUGAUUAAUUGGUUCACUCUUCCAAAUUGGAGAUUGAAGAAUAUGUUGAGAAGAUUACAUUGCUAUCAAAUUAAUUGAAGGAUUCUUAAGAUUACACUGAACAAUUGGAAGAUGAAAAGUUGACAUAGCAAUUGCAAUUAUCACAUCAAGUAUUUCUGGCUUACAAUGAAAUUGAAAGAUUGUAAAUUAAGAUUGUGAAGAUCAACAAGAAGAUGAAAUUUAUUGAAGAAUCUCAUGUUUAAUAAUUAGAAGAUCGUUAACAUUAAUUUGAAAAUUAACUCAAUUUAAGAUCGUAAAAUUUACAAAAGGGAUCUAAUGAAUUAAAAAUCUCAUACGAAUUGAAGAUAUCGAAUUUGUAAUUGCAAUUGUAAGAGAGGGAAUAAAUGAUAGAAUAACUAAAAUUAGAAUUGAAACAGAAGUAAUAGAAGAUUGAUGAAUUGACAAAAUAACUGGAUUAGGAAAGACAAAAAAAUAAACAAUAAUUUGAAUCAUUCACUGUAUAAAUCAGAGAUCACAAAAAUACAUCUGAUAAAGCUUAUGCUGAACUAUAAACUAAUUCUAGAGAUCAAAUUUUGAAAUUGCAAUAGUAAAAACAAGAAUAGGAUUCUGUCUUGAAUAGAAUCAAAGCUGAAUUGGAAAAUCAAAAAACGUAAAAUUCUUAAUUGCAAAAUCAAAUAAAUCAACUGCAAUCAGAAUAUGAAUACAUGAGAUAAUAGUAUGAGUCAUAAAUCGCUAAUUUAACUCUAGAGAUCAAUCGUCUCAAGACAUAAUUGUAAUAAAUCUCAGGAAAAUCCUAGUAAAGUCUUGAUGAAUUGUAAUAUUAAUUGGAGGCUUCCUAAUAACAAUACUAAUAAUUAAUAGAAUAAUAAUAAUAAUUAUAAAAUAGUGUAUCUAAGAAAAAUGAAUUAUACGAGAAUGAAAUAAAACAAUUAAAAUAAAAAUUAACACAAGCUACCAAUGACCUCAAUAAUCUAAAAAAUGAAUCAGACAAAGAGAAGGAAGAGUUUAAUUCAACCUUAUAAGAUUACUCACAAUAAUUCUAACUGAUGGAAAAGAAGCUAAAAGACAAGGAAAAUGAGUUAUCACAAUUAAAAAAAACAUUGCAAUAAACUACUGAAAGCUAUAGUGAAAAAGUUACACAAUUGGAAUUGGAAAUCAAUCAAUUACAAUAGUAACUCCAAUAAUAAUCUACUUAAUUUACAUCCCAAUUGAAAAACUCAGAAAAGGAUAAGGAAAAGCUCAAACAAACGAUUAAGGAAAGGGAAACUGAAAUUUCAUAAUUGAAAUAAACUAUCAAGACAAUGGAAGAAAAUUCCACCAUCACAAUUUCAUAAUUAGAGAUUUAACUCAGUAAAUUAUAAUAAUAAUAUUAAAAUUCAUAGUAAGAGUAAUAAUAGCAAAAAAAUCAGUUUUAAAAACAAAUCUAAUAGAUGACUUAAACAAUAAAUGAGUUAAAAGAAAGAAUUUCAGAGAUACAAUUAGAAAAAGAACAACUGGAGAAUAGUUUAAAUGAAAGCAUGCUCAAAUCUUCAAAUUCGAAUAAAGAUUUACAAAGACAGAUACAACUCUUGUAGAAACAAAUCUAGGAAUACGAGAUUAGAAUUAAAUUUGAAGAGAACAAGGGAUCUGAUUUGAAUUAAUAAUUGGAAUCACUAUAAGAAGAAUUAGAGCAGCUGAAGUUAGAAAUUAAGAAUUAAGAAAGAGAUAAAGAAAAAUUGAAGUCAUAAUUAAAGGAUUAAUAAUUGUAAUAUGAACAAUUACUUAAAUAGAAAUAAGACUUAGAGUAGAAGUUAUCAAUUAUUACUUAAUAGCAUGAUGAUUUAACUAACGAAUAUAAUGAAUUUUAUAUGAAUUAAUAAUAAUAAUAAGAAUAGUUAUAAGGAAAUAUUCAAGAAAAGGAUAAAUAAAUUAAGAAUGCAAAUUAACAAAUAAACUAAUUUAAAUAAAAGAUUUCGGAUUUAGAGAGACAAAUCAUAUAAAUGACUCACGAAAUAGAAGAAAGAGAUACGAAAUUUAGUGAAUUAGAAUAAAAUAACAGCAUGAAAUUGUAAAAGUUAAAUAAUACCAUUGACCAAUAAAAAAGGUAAAAUUAAGAAGAUGAAAAGUUAUGGAAGUCUAAACUUACUCAGUUAUCUGAUUAACAUGAAGAGAGGGAGAGAGAAUUACAAUAAGAGAAAGUUGAUUUAUAACAGAAGUUAGAAUUCCAACUUAAUUAAUUGAAGAAAUCAAAGUAAGAGACUGAAUAACGAUUAUCUUAAUUAUAACUUAAGCAUGAUUAAUUAGAGAAUAGCUAUGAAGAUAUAUAGAGAGAAUUUAAUGAUCUUUAAGAUAAAUAUGUUAUAAUAUAAUAGCAAUUCUCAAGUUUAACAAUAGAAAUACAAUUGCUGUAAAAGUUCAAAUUGGAUACAAAUGACAAUGAAUUGAAAUUCUAAGCUCUAAAGGAUAGUUUGGAAUCAUAAUUGAGAUUAUUACAAACUAAAUAUGAUUCCUUGUUAGCAUCUGAAUAGCAUUUGCAAGAUGAGAAUAAGAAGUUAGAGGAAUAGAAUAAUAUCAGAAUAAAGUAAUUGGAAGAUUUUAGAUUGAAAUUAGAUACUGAAACAGUGUCUUUAGCAGAAUAUGAAACUGUGAAAUAGGAAAGAGAUGAAUCAACAGCUAAAAACUUUCAAUUAAGUUCAUAGGCUCUUAAAGAUAAGUCUGAAUUGUAAAAGUUGAGGAGAGAAAUUGAAAAUUUAAAGGAUGACAUAAAGACUAAGGAAAAUGAAGUUUAGGAUGCAUAUAAUUUUGCACAAUCUAGGUAAACUACAGGAAAUUUACAAAAAAAUGAAACAGAUAUGCUCAAAAUUGAAAAUCAAAAACUUCUAAACUAAAUAAAAGGAUUUGAAACUAAAAUUAUAAUAUAGAAUGAAGAGAUAGAUAAAUUAAAAAGGUAAAAUGAAGAAUUAACCCUUUAAAAUUCAUAGCUAAAAAAAUAUUCCGAUAAACUUUAGGCAGAAUAUGAUCAAUGUCAAUUAGACUAUAAAGAUCAUAUAAACAAAUAUAGUUAAGUCAUAGCAAAAUAUGAUUAAGCAUAUGAAGGAAUGAAAACUGAAUCAGUGUUUAGAGGAAUCAGUUAUCAAUAAAGUUGA